AUGUACAGUAGCUGGAUUGGCCAAUCGCUAGGGUGCAUCACUGUACAGGCCACAGGGUCUGCAGCUGCCAAAAUGUUGUAUUUGCCUUCACAUCUAUAGCGUUUACAAACUCUAUAGCUGUACUUCCGCUACGCAAAUAGCAUUUAGCAGUUGCUGAUAGUUUGUGGAAGAGGCACCAUUAAAGGAAUAGCAGGGGAAACCAUGAUCUGACUAGGUAGGCUGUGUUCUGGAGGGUCACAGUAUGGGAACAAUGUCAUACAGUAACAGAGAGCUGGUGGAGUAUUUUAUCAUUUACAAACUCUCUCAGAGAAACUACCCAGCGUCGCUGCUAAGGCCAGAUGAUGCAGCUAAAACGGGAGAGAAAACCAGUGCAUCAGCUGCUAAUGGCCUACUGGCCAGCAGCCGGAGGGGCAAUGGCGACCCGGAGAUGUCGACACACUCGCCAUGUGAGGGUAUAGAGGCGGUAAAAGUAGCUCUUAGGGACUCCGCUGAAGAGUUUGAACUGCGCUUCACGCUAGCGUUUAGUGACCUUUCCUCACAGCUUGAUGUCACUCUUGACACAGCCUAUCACAGCUUUAAGAGUGUGAUGGAUGAGUUGUUCAAGGACGGAGUCAACUGGGGACGCAUAGUGGGUCUGUUCGCCUUUGGUGGGGUACUGUGUGUGGAAUGCGUUGAGAAGAAUAUGAGUGAGCUGGUUUCAAGAGUCGCAGACUGGAUGACCUUGUACCUGGAUGAGCACAUUAGUCCUUGGAUUCAGAGCCAGGGAGGAUGGGACCGCUUCGCUGAGAUAUUUGGGCGAGAUGCUGCUGCUGAAGCAAGGGGCUCCCAGGAGACUCUGAAACGAUGGCUGCUAUUUGGAGUAGUGCUGCUGACGGGAGUGCUGCUGGGUGUGGUGAUUGCUAAGAGGCGGUGAAGGGGCUUCAUUUCAUUUACCAUAGCACGCACUCUGUGUAAUGCCACGCCAACCGAAAUCUAACUAGUUAAUGUUUACAAAAAGCCCGCUCUGCUUGUGCACUGACACACUGGCCUGAGCAGUUUGGGGGAGUAUCCAUAAUAUGUAGCUUAGUGAGCCAUUAUACUUCUCACUCCGCUUUGUCCAGUGUGUUUUAUUAUUUUUGUUACCAAACAAAAGAGAUUUUCAGUGUUUAAAGACUGGAAGUGCUCGGACUGAACAUGAUAAGCUAAAAGACAGUGAAGAAGAUUCAACUGGUUUGAUGACGUUGCUCCUUUUUUCCUUUGUGUGUUUUAAUAAACUGACAGCUGACAGAAAAUAGUUAUAAGUUAUAUAAAUCUACAGUGUAAUGCUCCUCUCCUCAUGUUGGCUGUACUGGAGAUUAUGGCAUGCUUACAAAAUAAAUAUAUUUAUGUUUUUA